AUGAAGAUAGAGAAGGUGCCCAUUUUGGGCAAAGAGACUAUACAUAUAGGCUAUCAGAUUCAAAGCCAUAUUGUAAAUGAAAUAAUCAAGGAAUUGGCGUCGUCGACAUAUGUGAUUAUCACUGAUACAAAUAUGUGCCAAACAGGUACAUAUGAAAAGUUGAAAACCAGUUUUGAAGAAACUUUACAGAAAGAACGGCCACAGUCGAGACUAUUAACCUAUCUUGUUCCACCAGGAGAGAAUAACAAAAAUCGCAAGACGAAAGCUCAAGUGGAGGAUUUUCUUUUACAACAAGGAUGCACGAGAGAUACUGUUAUUUUGGCAGUAGGCGGUGGAGUUAUUGGUGAUAUGAUUGGAUUUGUUGCAGCUACUUUUAUGAGGGGUGUAAGGGUUGUUCAAAUACCGACUACUUUACUAGCCAUGGUCGACUCUUCGGUUGGAGGCAAAACAGCUAUAGAUACAGAACUAGGCAAAAACUUUAUUGGGGCAUUUCACCAACCAGAGUAUGUAUUUUGCGAUGUAUCCUUUUUACAAACAUUGCCUACAAGACAGCUCAUCAAUGGUAUGGCAGAAGUGGUGAAGACGGCAACAAUAUGGGAUGAAGAAGAAUUCACUAGGUUGGAGAAGUUUUCCAAACAGUUUGUUGCAGAAGUAUCCUCUCCAGAAAAGAAUCUCGAGAAUAUCAAAACAGAUUUGAUAAAGACAGUAUUGGGAUCCGUAAGAGUAAAAGCCUUGGUUGUAUCCGCAGAUGAAAAAGAAGGCGGGUUAAGAAACUUGCUCAAUUUUGGUCAUACUAUUGGCCACGCCAUUGAAGCCAUUCUCACGCCAGAAGCUCUCCACGGAGAAUGUGUUUCCAUUGGUAUGAUUAAAGAGGCAGAGUUGUCGAGAUACUUGGGAAUUUUACCCCCUGCAGCUGUUGCGAGACUUUCAAAGUGUUUAACUGCUUACAACUUGCCUGUCUCAGUCGAUGACAAGAAUUUCGCAAAGAUUGUAGGAGCAAAAAAGAACAACUUGGAGAUUGAUACCCUUAUCAAAAAGAUGCUGAUUGAUAAAAAAAAUGACGGAAGCAAGAUCAAAUGCGUUCUUUUGGAAAAAAUCGGUAAAUGUUUUGACUCAAAAGCUCACCAAAUUUCUAAAGAAGAUCUCAGAUUUGUCUUGACUGAUGAAGUGCUUGUACAUCCGUUUAAAGAUUUUCCAAGUUCCAUUACUAUAACACCACCAGGCUCAAAGUCUAUAUCCAACAGGGCUUUGAUUUUGGCUGCCUUGGGUAAAGGUACUGUUAGAAUCAAGAACUUGUUACAUUCAGAUGAUACCAAGUAUAUGUUGGAUGCAUUGGUGUUGUUAAAGGGGGCAACUGUUUCUUUCGAAGACGAAACCGUUGUUGUAACAGGUAACGGGGGUGACUUGUUUGCUUGCAAAGAAGAGUUGUAUUUGGGUAAUGCAGGUACCGCUUCUAGAUUCCUAACAGCUGUUGCCUCAUUAGUGAAGGAGCUGUCAAAAAACGACAAUGUUGUUGUUUUGACUGGUAAUUCACGAAUGCAGGAAAGACCAAUUGGUCCAUUGGUGGACUCCUUAAAAGCCAAUGGAUCCGAAAUUGAGUAUUUAAACAAGCAAGGCUCCUUGCCCUUGAAAAUUGUUGCUUCUCCUUCUGCUUCUGCUUCUGCUGCUGCUGGGAAAGGUUUCAAAGGUGGAAAAAUUACAUUGGCAGCUACAACUUCAUCACAAUAUGUCUCGGCAAUUCUCAUGUGUGCUCCAUAUGCCAAUGAGGAGGUUACUCUAACACUAGUUGGAGGAAAACCAAUUUCCCAAUUGUACAUUGACAUGACAUGUGCCAUGAUGAAGGAGUUUGGUGUUGAAGUUGUUAAAUCAACAACUGAAGAAUACACAUAUCACAUUCCAAGAACAACCUACAAGAAUCCAAGCGAGUACAUUGUUGAAUCUGAUGCUUCUUCAGCCACAUACCCUUUAGCUUUUGCUGCAUUGACAAAUUCAUCAUGCACAAUUCCUAAUAUCGGCUCGUCGUCAUUACAAGGAGAUGCAAGGUUUGCAGUUGACGUGUUGAAACCAAUGGGUUGUGCUGUGGUGCAAACAGAACACUCAACAACAGUAACUGGACCUCCUAUCGGUGAAUUGGUGGCACUCUCGAGUGUUGAUAUGGAACCAAUGACCGAUGCAUUCUUGACUGCUUCGGUAGUUGCAGCAGUAGCGCAAGGAAAAACAACAAUAACAGGUAUAGCUAAUCAACGAGUUAAAGAAUGUAAUAGAAUCAAGGCCAUGUGUGAUGAGUUGGCUAAGUUUGGUGUUGAAGCUAGCGAAAUUUCAGAUGGAAUUGUGAUUUCCGGUGUUGAUCCCACAGACUUGAAAACACCCCCAUUGGACCCUGGUGUAAAGACGUAUGACGAUCACAGGGUAGCAAUGUCGUUUUCCUUGUUAGCAGGCUUGUGUAAGAAACCAGUCUUGAUCUUGGAAAGGUCCACUACUGGGAAAACUUGGCCCGGUUGGUGGGAUAUUUUACAUUCUCAGUUUAAAACUACUCUUGAAGGAUAUCAAGGCAAGGCUGUUGUUGGUGCUGGUGAGCAGAAUGGUGAUAAGAGUGUAAUUGUGAUUGGAAUGAGAGCAGCAGGGAAAUCGACUUUAUCUAAAUGGCUAGCGGACUUUUUAGGAUUCAAAUUGUUGGAUUUGGACCACCAUUUGGAGUCCAAACUUGGGCAGGAUAUUAAAUCUUUGAUCAAGGAGAAAGGAUGGGAAUACUUUCGUGAACAAGAAACUAUUGUAUUGAAGGAGUGUCUUGCCAAUUAUUCAAGAGGAUACGUUCUUGCCACAGGGGGUGGUAUUGUAGAGUGCGAACAACCGAGAAGCACAUUAAUUGACUAUAUGGCAAACGGCGGAAUAGUGCUCCAUUUACACCGCGAUUUGGAUGAAACCGUUGCCUUUUUGAAUUCAGAUGCAACUAGACCUUCCUACUCACACGAAAUUAAAGAUGUAUGGCUUAGAAGGGAGAAAUGGUAUCAUGAAUGUUCCAACUACUAUUUUUACUCUACUCACUGCACAACACAAGAGGAUUUUGCAACAUUAAAAAGGACUUUUCUUAAAUUUAUUGCAAAAAUUGCUGGUUUAGACACUUUUGAAAUUCCAAAAGGCCGUUCCUCAUUUGUCACAUUAACCUACCCAGAUUUGAAAGCGUGUAUGUCUUUGAUAAAAGAUGUAACUGCUGGUUCCAAUGCUGUUGAGUUACGUGUUGACUUGUUGGCCAGCACCCAACCAGAAUACGUGGCUGAACAGAUUGGGGUAUUGAGAAAGUCAGUUGACUUGCCAAUCCUUUAUACCAUUAGAACAGCUUCUCAAGGAGGAAGAUUCCCAGAUGAUAAAGAUGAUGAAAUGAGAAACUUGCUAUUAUUCGGGUUGAAGAUGGGUGUUGAUUUAGUUGACUUGCAAUUGACUUGUUCAAACACAACCAUAAGUAAAGUAAGUGAGCAAAGAGGUUAUACAAAAAUCCUUGCGUCACACCAUGACUUUUCCGGUGACUUGAAAUGGGACAAUAGUCAGUGGCAAGAUAAAUACAACUACGGAAAAGCUAUAAAUGCGGAUGUCAUCAAGUUAGUUGGUAAGGCUACAACUUUUGAUGACAAUUUAAAGUUGGAGCAUUUUAGAAAAGAAAACACAGAGAAGCCUUUGAUUGCAAUAAAUAUGGGGCCACGCGGUAAAUUAUCUAGGGUUUUGAAUACAAUUUUAACACCAGUUACACACGACCUCAUUACUGACAAGCCUACAGGUGUUGGCCAACUCAGUCUUGAAGAAAUCAACCGCGCUUUUUACCAAAUUGGUGGCUUUGUUGAGGAAAAAUUCUGGGUUGUUGGGUCGCCUGUUGGACAUUCGAGAUCUCCAGCAUUACAUAACGCCGCGUACAAAGCUCUUGGAUUGCCAUACAAGUUUGACAAAUUUGAUACUGACAAUGCUGAGAAAGUGUACAAUGAGUUAAUGCUUGAGCCAAAUUUUGGCGGGUUAGCAAUAACGAUUCCUUUGAAAAUCGAUAUGAUGACUUAUUGUACGGAAUUGUCGGAAUCAAGCAAGAUAAUUGGUGCCAUCAAUACAAUUGUUCCCGCGAAAAAUGGGUUUCUAGGUGAUAAUACCGACUGGAUAGGUAUUGCAAACUCAUUCAAACAAAAUGGAUUUAUUGAGGGUAAAUCAGUUAGCGGUUUAGUGAUUGGCGGUGGGGGCACUUCGCGAGCAGCAAUUUAUGCUUUGCAUAAGCUUGGAUGUGAAAAGAUUUAUCUACUUAAUCGUACUGAAUCGAAAUUACUUGAUUUGAUAAAGAAUUUCCCAAGCGAAUACAAUCUUGAAAUAAUAAGCCUAAACCUUGAAGAAAUUGAAACUCGUGAUAUCUCCUUGAUUGUUUCUUGUGUUCCUGGGGAUAAACCGUUAGAUGAGAAAUUAAUAACGAGAUUAGAAAAAAUAUUGAAAAAUAAUUCCGAGUCUAUAUUAUUGGAAGCUGCUUAUAAGCCGAGAUUUACUCCAAUUAUGCAAUUGGCUAGGGAAAAGUACAAGUGUAGGGUUAUUCCUGGUGUAGAAAUGUUGAUCAAUCAAGGGGAUGCCCAGUUUAAGAUUCAUACUGGGUACCCUGCGCCAUAUAGUAUCAUUCGCGAGGCCGUAUUGGAAGAUUAA